UCAAAGAUUCCGUCGAAACGGUCCUGUGAUUGGUGAUCCGCUCGUUCCGCUUCCGCAUAUUCCGCUCCAUGGGACCGUACCCUAAGACGAUUUUAGGGACAUUCAGAGCACGUUAAAGAUGAUGUGGUUGGUUGACGCAAAUUACGUUUACACCGUAUGUAAAGCCACUCUGAGGGUGCAGUCCCAUAGAGCGUAUUACGCCUAAGCGGAACGAGCGUAUCACAAAUUACGGGACCGUUUCGACGGAAUUUUUGAAAGAGUUCUAUCAGAAUAAUCUCGUGUUGGUGUUCCGCUCGUUCUGCUUAUGCGUAAUACGUUCCAUGGGACUGCACCCUGAGGCUGAUGUCCCCUGGAGCGGAUUAUGCGGAGCGGAAUGAGGGUGCAGUCCCAUGGAGCGGAUUAUGCGGAAGCGGAACGAGCGGAUCACCAAUCACGGGAUUAUUCUGAUAGAACUCUUUUAAAGAUUCCGUCGAAACGGUCCUGUGAUCUCGUUCGCACAUGUGUACAAGUGCAAAAUCCACCUUUUGCACUUAUGCGCAUGCACGAGACCAUCUUUUGCACUUGUACGCAUGCGUGAACGAGAGAGAAAGGUAUUACCCAAAGCAUGCUAGCCUUUUCCCUCUGAAUCUUACCCCUACUCCCACAAUGCUCAGUCUAGAUAUAUUAUAGGCGAGUUUUUUAAUUUAUCGAUCAAUUGCAUUAUGCACAGAUGCUUUUCUCUGUAAAAACUUUUUUUGCGCAUCGUGCGAUUGAGUAAUCGAUGAGUUAAAAAACUCACCUUAUGUCUAUGGACGCGACAGACUCUUAUUGGGUGCGUUCCACUUAAAGCUUGCAACGACCGUGGAAUCAUUUUAUCCUUGUUGUUUAUCAAAUAUUAAACAAAGAUAAAUGACGCUCGCAAGCGUUGCGAGCGUUAAGUGGAACGCACCCAUUGUAGAUCCGCCCUAAUCCGCUUCAUAGGACCGCAACCCGAGUGGUUGCGCUGCUGGUUGCAAUGGCCGCAUUCAGCAAACUCAGCAGCUAAGUAGCAAUCGAACAUGAUUGGUUCUGACUUAUAGAACCAACAAAUCAACGGCAUUAUUCAACGGAAAAUCUAGUAAUGUUGCUCAACUACUGAGUCUGCUGAAUGCGGCCAAUGAGUCUUUAUUGCGAUUAGUUUUUGCUCUAGUUCUAUUAAAUAACUAAGACCAAGAACCAAUUGAAUUAAAAAAUCACUGCGCGGCAAACUGUAGAUGCAGACCAAUUGAGACAAAGGUUAAUAUGCGAUGUUCGAAGAUGUGGAUUUUUUAUUGUAUCUGCGCAUUUUACGGUAAAGAUAUCUGUCGUGAUGAAAAUUUAUAUUAAAAUUUACAAGGAAGUUGUAAAAAUUCUAAUAAUGUUUGCUUUAGUAAUGCUCACCAAUGGUACAUAUUACGUAUGUCCAUUAAAUGAUAUUUACGCAAGAAAAGGUAAUAAUUGCAUGUUGAAAAAUGCGCAGUUAAGAACAAAGGCAUGCAUAAUGGCUGUUAACGCAAAUAUCGAGCAUCUUUCUAAAAUUAAAAAAAAUUUAAACCAUAAUAUUCCUCGAGUAAAAUUACAAUCUAUAAAUCUUUGCAAGUAUAAAACACUUAGCCGACAAAAGCCUCGAAUAAUUAAAUCUGAGGUACUUAAAAAAGGCCAAAAAAUAAAAAUAAAAAAUAAAAGUAAAACUAAUCAGCAGGCGCAAGAAAAACUAAAGACUACAUCUGAAGAAUACAAUCUCUCUGAUAUGAUUCUUACAAAUGAUUUUUCAAAUGCUAUACUACAAAUAGACACUGUGAAUAAUGAUAGCUCGUCCACUGAUUUAUGUUUGAAUAUUCAAACAAGAAUAUUGGAAAAAUCUAAUACUCGAGAAACAUUAGAUACAUUGGUUGAGAGAUCAAAAACCAACACUGAUGAAGACAAUUAUAAGAUUCUUACAAAUGACUUUUCAAAUGCCGCAUUACAAACAGACACUGUAAAUAAUGAUAUCUGGUCCACUGAUUUAUGUUUUGAAAAUAUUGAAACAAGAGUAUUGGAAAGAUCUGAUAAUCAAGAAACAUUAAACAUGUCGGUUGAGAAAUCAAGAACCAAUACUGAUGAAGAUAAUUAUAUGAUUCUUACAAAUGACUUCUCAAAAAGUACACUACAAAUAGGCAUAAUGAAAAACAAUAGCUCGUCCACUGAUUUAUGUGUUGAAGAUAUUGAAGCAAUAAUAUUGGAGAAAUCUGAUACUCAAGAAACAUUAAAUAUGUUGGUUGAGAAAUCAAGAAAAAAUACUGAUGAAGAUAAUUAUAUGAUUCUUACAAAUGACUUCUCAAAAAGCACACUACAAAUAGGCACUAUGAAAAACAAUAGCUCGUCCACUGAUUUAUGUGUUGAAGAUACUGAAACAAUAAUAUUGGAAAAAUCUGAUACUCAAGAAACAUUAAAUAUGUUGGUUGAGAAAUCAAGAAAAAAUACUGAUGGAGAUAAUUCUUCUGAAUAUAUUCCUUCGUCUACAAGCGAGUCAUCAAUUUACUCAGAUACAGAAAAUGAUAAUACAAAGAAUAAUAGGAAAAAUGUCUCUGUAAAUAAAACUAAUACGUCUAGUGGUUUAGACAUAUCUAAUCUACAUUUGUCAGGAACAAAAAUGUGUGAUGAUGCUGAAAUGUAUGUCACAGAAUCGUCAGGAAAACAAACACAUUCCAAAAAAAAUUGUUGUUAUUACUGCAAAAAGCUACAAAGUAAGAUAGCACGUCACUUAGAAACUGUGCAUUCUAAUGAAAAAGAAGUUAAGAAAUUUAGUGUAUUACCUAAAGGAAACUACGAAAGAAAGAAAAUAAUAGAAACUCUUCGACGAAAUGGCAAUUUUCAGUUUAAUACUAAAAAAGAGAUAAACAAUGGAGAACUUAUCGUAUGUAGGCGACCAAACAAAGAAUGGCAUAGAACGGCUACUGAUUUUUUACCUUGUGGUAAGUGCAAAGGAUUUUUUUCAAAAACAUCUCUUCGACAUCAUUUUCGUCGUUGCACUGGACGUAAUAGCAAACAUAAUAAAUCAAUAACUGUAUUGGGUCGUACUAUUGUUGGAAGAACUCACGAACUAGCUAAUAAAAUUCUUAGAACAAUUGUCUUUCCCGUAUUACGAGACGACGAUGUGACUCGUGUAAUAAGGUACGAUCGGUUAAUAAUUCUAUAUGGAAAUAAACUUUGUUUGAAAUAUAGAUUGCAACACCAACACGACAUGAUAAGAUCUCGAUUACGGUUAUUAGGACGUUAUCUCAUAGCACUAAAAACAAAAGAUAAAAAUAUAACUGAUUUUGCCUCAUUAUAUGAUCCGAAAUUUUAUGAUGUCGCAAUUGCUGCUGUUAAUUCUGUUGCGGGUUUUGAUGAAUAUAAAAAUGUUUACAAAGUACCAUCUGUAGCAUUUAAUCUUGGGACGUAUAUAAAACAUGUCGGAGAAAUUCUUAUUAAUGAAUGUAUAAAAAAUCAUGAUCCUAUGAAAAUGGAACUGGCCGAAAAUUUCUUAAAACUAUUGAAACAAGACUAUGGAACAAGUGUUAAUAGAACAGUAUUAGAAACACAGAUGCAACAAAAACGACAAAAGAAGAUUAUACUUCCAUCGACAGAGGAUAUUAGAAAACUGGAUAAUUAUUUAACAGAAAAACGACAAGAAGCUUAUAACAAUUUGACGAAAGAAUAUUCAUAUAAAGAGUGGCUAUCUUUGCUGGAAACAACUCUCAUAUCGGUGCAAUUGUUUAAUCGUCGACGAGCUGGAGAGACUGAAAGAAUACAAAUAUCAGAAUUUCAAAAUUAUCACAGUAUUGAUGAAGAAACGAAUAAAGAUAUGUAUAAAUCAUUAUCAAUGGAAGCACGAAGAUUAGCAAAGAAAUAUGUCCGUUUUGUAAUACGUGGUAAACUUGGUCGUACUGUUCCUGUUUUAAUUCAUUCCGAACUACUAAAAUGCAUUAAUCUUAUAUUGGAUUACCGUUCACAUGCAAAAGUACCUCGUGAAAAUCCAUAUCUCUUUGGAAUACCAAGUUACGAUAAGAAGAGAUAUAAAUAUUUAAGGGCUUGCAAUUUAAUGCGGUCUUUUUCAGUAGCAUGCGGAGCAACCAUGUCACAUACAUUACGUGGAACACAAUUGAGAAAACACAUAGCAACUAAAUGUAUUUCUCUAAAUUUAUUAGAGUAUCAGGUGAAUGAUUUAUCAAAUCAUUUGGGACAUUCAGAUAAAAUACACAAAGAGCAUUACAGAUUACCUAUUGCUAGUCGAGACAUUUUACAAGUAUCAAAACUUUUGGAAUAUGCGCAAGGUGAAGAAAAAAAUAACAAUGAGGACGAAAGUACUGAUGACGAUGAUGAAUCUGAUGUAUUGCUCAAAAGAGAUUCAUGUAAUGAUGAAAACCGAUCAUUCUCUUCUGAUGAAUAUCAGAUGAACAUACCAUUAUCCAGUAAAAAUCAAAAUUUAUUUAAGGAUUGUGAAGAUAAUCUAAAAGAAAAACACUGCAAGAGUGUAGGCAGACAUUCAACAAAGGAUAAACCUAUAAAAAUAAAACGCCGUUCGACAUCUCCCUAUGGUCCUACAAAACGAAUUCGUUGGAAUGAAGAGGAAAAAAAUGCUGUUACAUCUGCAUUUGGAACAUAUAUUGACUCUACGAAAUUGCCUUCUUUGCAAGAGAUUAACAAGGUUAUAGAAAACUCUCCAUGUUUAAAAAGUCGUACAGCACCGCAAAUAAAAACAUGGCUGCAUAAUCAACGAAAAUCUCGAAUGCAAAAUAAAUAAGUUUAGUUGAGAUGUUUAUCUAAUGAGAUUAAUAAUUAUCCGUAUACUUUUAUUAUUUUUAUAAAUAGUACCUGUUACAACGCAAUUUAAUGCAAAUUUAAUGUUUAUUUUUAUCGCAAAUUAGUCUUGCGAUUUUUGGUUUAUAAGUACCUAAUAUAACUUUUAAAGCAUGUCAUUAAUAUGUCAAAUAAUUUUGUCUUCACAAAGAUAUCUUUUAUAUUGUGAUGUAAUUUAUACAGGCUUUUAUUUUCUUUUGUAAUGAUUAUAAUUUAAAAAAAAAUAUAUAUUUUUCAAGUACUUAUUUCGUAUAAUAUUUAAAAACAAACUAAUGUUAUUAACGAUAAAAAUGUUUUUAUAAAAGAUAUCUCGUGAUUUAAUUCAGAGAUUUAGGAUGUAUUUCACACGUGCGUAUGAUGCAUGAUGCAUCACGUGUAUAAUGUAUGAAAUGGGACGCAUCUCUACAUUUAUGAUUGUAAAUGGUACGGUUAUUCUUACAGUUUUUCAUACAUAAUUCUUAUAACUUUAAAAACAGGCAGUUAUUAACGAUAUGUCAAAUAUUUUUGUUUUUAUGAAAAAUAUGCUACAUUGUGAUGUAAUUUGGAAACUUAUAAUUAUAUUUAUUUUAUAAGCGAUAAAAGAGACUGUUUAUAACGAGACUGUUUAUAAUUUUGAAAUAAAGAUUUCAAAAUUUCUAAUUAUGUUAAGGAAAUAUAAAGAAAAAACUGCCAAAAAAAUUAUUUUUUAUUAAAUAAGAUAACUACAUUAAUAGCGCUAAAAUUUUGUAAUAUAUUGUGCGUGUGAUUGGUGCAGAUAUUUUAACUUUGCAGGAUUUUAAAGUUUUUGUCUUUUGCACUUAAAAAAAAAAA